GGUCGUCUCAACUCCGCCCUCCGCGCCACACUACCCCUGAAAGCAGGAAGGGAGGCAUCCGAGCCCGGGGGUGGGGAUUGCCUGCAUGCCUGCCAGUGGGAGGGGAGCGCCGCCGGCUUGACUAAGUGGCGAUGCUCACCGCGGGAGCUGCAGAGCGCACGGGGGAUGAAUGCGGCAGCUGCUGGGCACCGCCGCUCCUCCUCCGCUUUCCUUCCCCGGCUGGCUGACCGACUGGCUCGCCUGAAGGCAGGAAAUCAGCCCGGCUCGUUCAGCGAGCUUCGCCAUGACUUCUUCGGGGGCGCUAGCUGAGAUGCCCAGACUUUUUCCAAAACUUAGCAUUUCUGAGGUUGAUGAGUCAGUGCGGCUUCUAGCUGAAAAAGUUUAUGCCAAAGUUCUUAGAGAAGAAGACAGCAAAGAUGCCUUAUCGCUAUUCACCGUGCCUGAGGAUUGCCCCAUUGGGCAAAAAGAGGCAAAAGAAAGAGAACUGCAGAAGGAGUUGGCCGAACAGCAAUCUUUGGAAACAGCUAAAAGGAAGAAAAGUUUCAAGAUGAUUCGAUCCCAGUCCUUGUCAUUGCAAAGUCCAUUGCAGGAAUGGAAGCCUCCACCAGCCACUCUGUCUGCGACUCCUCCAACUCCAGUUCUUCCAGGUGCUUUUCAGGCUGCCCCUGGGCUGUACGAUGUACCAGAAUUUCAAAGAGUCGCAAUUAGUGGGGAUUACUGUGCUGGGGUGAGUGUUGAUGAUUACGAACAGGCUGCCAAGAGUUUGGCAAAAGCUCUGCUUAUUCGAGAGAAGUAUUGCCGGCUUGCCUACCAUCGAUUUCCUAGGACAACAGCACAGUAUUUAUGCAGCAUGCGGAAUGAAAAAUGGAAGAUUGAGGAUGAAGUGGUUCCGGAUUUCCAUCCACCCCUUAAAGAACUGCAGGAUCCUUACAACCUUGAUGAUUCUCCAGGGAAUUUGGAUUACGUUGUAAAGAUGAAGGAAGGCAUUGCUGUAAUUUUUGAGAAUAAAGAAAUGAUGGAACUUAACAAGCCACGGAGUUUGCCUUAUCCUGAUUUACAGACAUACACUCUUGACCUCAGUCAUGUGCUGGCCCUCAUUGCAGAUGGUCCUACGAAAACAUAUUGCCACAAGCGGCUGAACUUUCUAGGGUCUAAGUUUGGUUUACAUGAGAUGUUAAAUGAGAUGUCUGAGCUUAAAGAACUAAAAAGUAACCCUCAUCGGGAUUUUUACAAUGUGAGAAAGGUUGAUACUCAUAUCCAUGCUGCUGCCUGCAUGAAUCAGAAACACUUGCUGAGGUUCAUUAAGCACACGUACCAAACGGAGCCAAACAGGAUCGUGGGGGAGAGGAAGGGCAAGAAGAUAACUUUGAAGCAGCUGUUUGAAAGUCUUCAUAUGGAUCCCUAUUAUCUCACCGUAGAUUCAUUAGAUGUCCACGCAGAUCGCCAGACAUUUCACCGGUUUGAUAAAUUUAACUCCAAAUAUAAUCCAGUUGGUGCAAGUGAACUGAGGGACUUGUAUUUGAAAACAGAAAACUAUCUUGGUGGCGAAUACUUUGCCCGCAUGGUGAAGGAAGUUGCUCGUGAACUAGAAGAAAGUAAAUACCAGUACACAGAACCUCGACUGUCUAUUUAUGGACGUUCCCCUGAUGAAUGGGAGAAUUUGGCCAAAUGGUUCAUUAGACACAGAGUUUAUUCACCUCAUAUGCGCUGGAUAAUUCAGGUUCCUAGAAUCUAUGAUAUAUUUAGGUCAAAAAAUAUUCUGCCUAAUUUUGGGACAAUGCUGCGAAACAUCUUCUUACCCCUGUUUGAGGCAACCAUCAACCCCUUAGACCAUAAAGAGCUGCACCUCUUCCUUAAAUAUGUGACAGGAUUUGAUAGUGUGGAUGAUGAAUCCAAGCAUAGUGACCACAUGUUCUCAGAGAAGAGCCCAAAUCCUGAUGCCUGGACUAGUGAAAAAAAUCCUCCAUAUAGUUAUUAUUUGUAUUACAUGUAUGCAAACAUCAUGCUUCUCAACAAUCUUCGAAAAGAACGAUGUAUGAGCACCUUCCUGUUUCGGCCACAUUGUGGAGAAGCUGGAUCGAUCACACACCUGGUAUCAGCCUUUCUAACAGCAGACAACAUUUCCCAUGGAUUACUCCUGAAGAAGAGUCCAGUCCUCCAGUAUCUGUACUAUCUUGCACAAAUCCCCAUUGCCAUGUCCCCCCUUAGCAACAACAGUCUGUUCCUGGAGUAUUCCAAAAACCCUCUUCGAGAAUUUCUACACAAGGGACUCCAUGUUUCCCUUUCUACAGAUGACCCUAUGCAAUUCCACUAUACAAAGGAAGCACUGAUGGAGGAAUAUGCCAUUGCAGCUCAAGUGUGGAAACUUAGCACUUGUGACCUGUGUGAAAUAGCGAGGAAUAGUGUACUACAGAGCGGUUUGUCACACAAGGAAAAACAGAAAUGUGUAGGGGUGAAUUAUUGCCAUGAGGGGCCUGAAGGAAAUGAAAUUCGAAAGACAAAUGUUGCACAGAUUCGGAUGGCUUACAGAUACGAGAACUUAUGCAAUGAGCUGAGUUUCCUGUCUGAUGUGAUGAAGACGGACGAGAUCACAGCACUGACAAAAUAAUCAGAUCCAAAAUCAAGUCUGUAUUGCACAAUCGCCAGGAGAGAAGUAUAUGGACAUGAGAGAAAACUUGAGCUUUUGAAGGACAGAAAGUUGUCUGCUGAUUAGAACUGUUUCAUUGCAUCAGGCUUAUAGCAAAACCACUUUUUACAAGCACUUGGCAUAGGUGGAACUGCUGUACAUAUUCAGAUGCAAGUUCAAACUUUAUUAGUUAUGCUGCAUAUGCACUUAAAUGCACUCUAAAUCUAGUCAUAAUAUUUAAACAUUUUCAUCUGGGGUAGAUGGCAUCCUGCUUUAAAACAAGUAAUAUGGGGACAGCAGUUUCUGAUAGCACAAGCACAUCUCUCCUGCUGUGCUUAGUGGCAGGCAAAGAUCUAUGGCACUUUAACAUUUUAAUUGCUGGCUUGCCUCCAGAUGGGUGACUGAAGCAGUACUGUAGCCCCUUUCCUUUUGGAAGUUAUUUAAGGAAGACUGCAGCUAUUUUAGGGAAGUAAAAAUAUGACCAAAGAGCUGCAUAUGGAUCCUGGUUGCACAUUGUAUGUAACAUCAUGCCUUGAUUACUUUCUGUCUUCCCCAUCUGCACCUAACUUAAUAAUUUUAUGAUCACUUUCCAAAUGGUCCUAUGAUGAGUAGCAUAUUAAUCCUAAGCAUUUAUGGUGAUUCACCAUGGUGGUUUGCAAUGAUAUGCAGGCAUGUGUACUGGGACUUAAUCACUUAGUUACUGCUGUAGCAAGUCUUAAGAUCUGUAUCUAUGUUCAUUUCAUUUUGAAUGUGCAACUCAGAAGAAUGAAACACUCUUUCUAUACUUUUGUGUGCUCCUAAGUUCCAGGGAAUCCCCUUCGCACAAAUUCAAAACUGUCUUUCUUGUUCUACCCAGGCAGGUAACUGCAAUAUUUCUAGUUGUGCUUGUCUGCCCAUCCAUUAAUUAACACGACAGAUAAGCCAUACAGGGAUGAAGGAUGACUUAGAUCAUGUGACUUCAUAGCCCACAACAAUACUAUGAAUAGUUUUGUAUGAAAAAUGGAAAUGGAUGUUGUUUGCCUGAUGUGAAUUCUACACAGUGAUAAGAGUAUCCUUGAGAUCUAAGGUCAGACGAUAUAUGUCAUUUCUUUAUGGCCAAAAAACAAAAACACCCAGAACUGUACAGCACUGUUCAUUAAAAAUCAACUGUGCUGUAAUUAUAUUUCCUCCACUGAACUUUAUUACAUUUGAUGCCACAUUAAGCCUAGUGGAGAAUUUAGUUUGGUGCUCUGAAUUCACAUUCCUUAAAAGCCCUUGUACUUGCAAGGAACUUUUUAAUCUAACCUCAUGCUGGCAUAUUAGCUUGUUUGUAUGAAACAAGUUCUCUUCCCUUGACAAGUGUCUUACUUUCAAUCACUUUGCCAUUUGUCCUGGGAUAAACUGGCAGUUGCAUUAUAUAGUUCUGCUGUUGGUUGGGGCAAUAAAUAAAUAAUAAAAUAAUGGAUUAGAAGUAAAAUUAGCCUUGUAGCCCUUUAUAAGCAGCUGAGUGGCAGUGGUAAGGAAAUCAUAGAGUUCCCAGCAGCUGUGCUUCUCCUCCUCCUAUUUAACUGUUAAGAUAGUUGUGUAGCUAUGCUCUGGAAGACAAAAUAAUUUUUGCACUUGAAACUGUUAACAGUCAAUGUGGAAAUGCUGAUUUAUUUUUAUUUUUUUUGGAAGGGAAACCUUCGUUUUCAAAAUGUUGAUUUCAAUGCAAGGUACUUAUUUUGAAGCAUGUCUACUUGUUUCCAAAUACAGUCAUCCCAAAACAGUGUCAGUGGUCCAUGCAUGGAAGCAGGCUUCUGUGUAUGGUACCUUUGCAGAAUCAGGAGCCUUGCCUACAAAACACUUUUGCAAAGACAGUUUGCAGUGCUGGAUCCCUGCAUGCUGUACCAAGGAUUGCCUGAGCAAUUAAUAUUUACAGAGAAUUAUCAGCUUGGACAGUGACAGCUUUGGCAAUCAGUGAGUCACCCCCUAGGGAUUGUGGAGAUCAGUUAACUUCCACCUGCUCAAGAGGAUCAGCAUUGUCAAAGCCGAUUGUGCCUUUCAGGUGUGUGCAUCAGCACAAAGUUUUUAAAUCAAGACUGGGAAGUGGCUACUGGUUGCAUCUGGAAGCAAAGUAUUGUUUUGAAAGUGAUGAUUUUUGAGUUACAUUUUUCCUCAAGUCUUUAUAUUUUUAUAUCUUGAAGGUCUGAUGUCAAACAGGAUUUCAUCUGUUUCUGUUGCUGUUAAUUUGUAUCAAACAGUUAUGAUAAGGUACAUUCUCAGUUCCAAGCCUGCAUCUUUUGUCUUGUCUUAAGCCUUAAAUAUGCUUAGUAUGAUUUCUCUUGACUCAUUUGAAAUAAAUUAAAUUGUACACAACUGGAAAA